GGCCGGGAACUCAAAAGCGAGGGUGGUGACGCCAUGGCUAGGCCCGUGCGCACAUGCAUCCAUCCAUGAUACAUGCUCAGGAUAUGCAAGGAUUAUCCCAUAAUCCACUCUCAUAGCGUCGCCUUUUGGGUUUGGCGCCUGUACAUAAACCGGCCCGCCGUUCUUGCGGGCUAUCUACACACUGAUCUCCGGAGCAGUCGAGCUCUGAGUUGGUGAUCCAGGCGAUAGCUUGCUGGAAUCCAAUGGCGGACAUGCAGAUCGUCUUGGCCGGGAGGAAGAUCGAGGCGCAGUACGUGGAGAUGAAGGUGCCGCUCUACUCCUACGGCUGCGAGAAGAAGAUCAAGAAGUCCCUCUCGCAUCUGAAAGGGAUACAUUCCGUGCAGGUGGACUACCACCAACAGAAGGUGACCGUGUGGGGGAUCUGCAACCGCGGUGACGUGCUCGCCGCCGUCCGGAAGAAGCGCAGGGCGGCGCGGUUCUGGGACGGCGACGAACUGGGUCCGGGCGAGCAACCCGGAGACGCUCCCAAGCAGUACCUGGCGGCGUUCACCGCCUACAGGUUGAGGAAGUCAUGGAAGAAGCUUUUCCCGCUGAUCCGGCUGUAAAUCUCUGGCCGUGAGCUUAGCUUUCUGACAAGUGGAGGUGUAUUCCGCGCGUGAAUUCGUCUAAGGAGUGGCAAAAAGGGUUGCAACGUGUUAGCGCGUGCGUGUUGCCAUCAAAUAAAUGUGCUGCGUUACAGACCUGUGAAUCACAUUGCUGUAACCUUUGCACGGAUCAAUGCCGUUCGAUUAGGCACUAGUCCAUUCAGUGGUGGAUCCAGAACUAGAAAGAAUAAGAGCUCAUUUUCCCCUUC